AUGUCGCAACCUGGAGCACUUGCAUUUGACACGGCCGCAGUGGUAUAUAUUAAAGCUCUCCGGAAGAAGAACAUAACUAUUCGACGCAAUAAAUGGAGAGACGACCCCGGUUUCAAUCGAGAUAAUCACGAUUUCGAAGGGCACAUUGCAAGUGGUGGAUUCGGUGUUGUUCUAAAGGUCGUCAAUUCCGAAACGAAAAAGCCCUACGCCUUAAAGCUCCAAUGGAAUCUCGACAAAUUCGAAUUGGAGUUCCCGGAAGGUGCUCUUAUACCCCCUCUCACACCCAGCAGCGAAGCCACGAAGAGUUCUUCCCAAUCAGUCGAAAGACUCAGUCUCCGCGCGAAGCGGGACUCCGAAACACGCAUCUAUCUCCGCUUCAUCCGAGGCGGUCAUCCACAUAUCUGCAAUCUCGAAGCAUUCGUUCAAUACAUACCUGAAUAUGGAUAUGACAAACCCGUCAUGGGACUCUAUUUCGAAUACUGCGAUGCGGGUAGUUUAACCAACUUGGCAAAAGCAUUUCGUACUCACAGUGUUAAACCACCAGAAUUAUUUAUCUGGCAGAUUUUUUAUGAGUUAGUUAGCGCGGUCGCCUUUCUGCAUAAUGAACAUCCGGAUUUUAUGUCGAAAAGUGAGCAUAAGGGGCGCGAUGUCAUUUUUCAAAAUGAUAUUCAAUCGGGGAAUGUAUUUUUGCAGUGGGGACCGGAUAAAGAAAAUGGGUAUCCGCAUGUGAAGAUUGGGGAUUUUGGGGUUGCGUUUACGGAGCCCCCUGGGGGACACGUGCCUAAUCUUGAGGAGUAUGAUGAGCCGAAUCCGGAGGAUGAGGAAUGGGAACCCCAGGAGAGGAAAAAGAAGGGAGAGGUUUGGUGGUUGACUGCUGUGGCGUAUGAGUUAGCGCGUACGGGUGUUAUUCUGGGGACUUUGGAUAAGGAGAAGGGAGAAUUGUUGGUUGUUGAUCCGAUUGAGAGUCAUCUGAGUGAGGAUCUGGAUCAGAUUUUGAGAGGAACGCUCACAGCUGAAAUCGAUGAAAGACCUUUUUCUGGAGAACUUUAUCUCAAGCUUAAAGAUGCUUAUGAAGGUAGAGUAGGAUUGAUGUAUCGAAAAUUACCCGCUUGGGCGGGAAAAGAGGUUUUGGAACAUAGGUUCGAUGAGAAUCGAUUGAGGGAUCUGGAUCAAGGAGGCCUGGAGACGGAAUUCGCGGAGAGACAAGAGGCAGAUGUGAUUAAGCGGAUUGAGGAUGAGCUUAUGACAGCGUGGAUAGACGAUCAUGAUACGGAUGAGCUGGAGAGGCUAGAUGCAGAGGGAGUGGUGGAGGAUGUGCGAGCUAGGUUUCACGAGCAGGCGGUGAGGGAAGCGGAAGCGAGGCGGAUAAACGAUUUGGCUGAAGCGAGGGCUGGAGCUGGAGGAAAAUGA